AUACCCUCAAGCACUCCAUUUGUGGAAAUAGAAGUAUCUGGGUCUGGUGUUGGUAUUGUCCAGGUUUCUUGGUCUUUCAAUUUGGCUGUUUCUGGUGAAGCUCCACAAUUUUUUUUAAAUGCUCUCUUAGAUAAAACUUCUACUGCAAGUUAUUUACAACUCAGCAUAUGCACUCAUCAGCGUGAAAGAAGAAAUGACACUAGCAACAUGGCUGUUAUGGAGGUCACUUUGCCUUCUGGUUACAUUGCGGAUGUGGAUGCUCUGCCAAGUAUUCUACAAAUACCUAAAGUUAAACGUGUAGAAAGUCAGUUGCAUGAUACCAACGUUAUCAUCUAUUUCGAUAGGAUGGAUGCCGAAGAGUCUUGUGUGACUGUCCCAGCACAUCGUAUACAUAAGGUAGCACGCCAACGGAGGGCGCCAGUCAAAGUUUAUGACUUCUAUAUCCAAGCGAGAAGUGCCAGGAUGUUUUACCGUCCUCACAGGACUGAUCUUUGCGAUAUUUGCGACGAUGAUGACUGCGGUGAUAAUUGCUUCAAAACAACGACCAGCAGUGAAGAAUCUCCAUUUGCAAGUUCUGCACACCUGCUGCAGAGCUAUUCUAUUUUUAUAUCACUUUUAAGCAUUUUCUUUUUGAAAGCAAUGAUGUGAGACUGUUUCAAAAUUUUUAAGUGCAGAUUACUUUGAUAAAGGCAAUCUUGUUUUAUUAGGAAUGAUCAAUUUAAAAAAGAGCAACUGUACUAUAAUUUGUAAAAAUACUAUCUCUUCUGACUUUUCAUAAUUUUGCUUUAAAUAUCAAAACUGUACAAUAUUUUUUUAUUUAUU